CUCGUUACUGCGUGUAUCAAUAGUAUGUCGAGCUAGCCACAUUACAUCGCUCCCUUGUUUUUUAUCAUACAUAUGCAGGGAACGUUCUCAUGUUUGACAUACCCGUCUUUCCAAGUCUCAACAACCUUGUACCUCAGACAGCGAGCCACGGGUACCUCAAACGAUUAUCAUGGAACAUAUUUCCAGCUGCAUGCGGCCGGUAGUCGAUGUAUCUUCGGUGUAUAUAACUCAGGGACCAUCCUCGAGAAGUCAAAGCCCAUCAUCUGCGACUCUUACUCAAACUCUUCCCUCCAAGUACCAGCUCUGGCCGUCAGCAAAGUCCGACAAAUUGGUCGCCUUAUCUGUUGGCCGUUCUUCUACUUCACUUAGCGACACUGCGACUCUGCCAGACAAGGUGCCAUUCUGGCAACGCAACAACACAAUGUCAAGAAGGAGGAAUUUCAGCAUAGCUGAAGUCGGAGCAACCAUGACUACUGUGCAAGAAAUCGCAAUUGACUCUCCAACAAUACCGGGACGACCACCUCUUCGCAAGUUUUCAGAUGCUUCCUUCAGUUACGACCGGACGUACAACUCUCCAGAAGCAAACUGGAGAGUUGGUCCGUUUGGCGAUGCAUUGAUGUCCUGCGUCAGUGGUCCUUCUCCGAUUCUGACACAGCAAAGCACGCCGCCAAACUCGUCAGAGAUGCUCACCCCCAAUUCAAGACCGCGGUCCCCCCGUCGAGCAAGUCCGGAUCCCUCGUUGGAUAUGCACACAUUCUACAUUAUCGACGACUACGAAGUUCGACCAGAAGUACCUCCCAAAUCACCUACACUCGAACGCAAGGGCUCGCCAGCUCCGCUCAAGCUCGACAUGAAGAUGGCCAAGCCACUACUCAUGAUGUCAGCGUCCGCGGCGUCAGGCAGGAGAACGCCUCUCAGUGCGACUGAUACCAAGCGGUCACCCAAAUCCCACACACCACUUCCCACGCCUCCAUCAGAAUCGUCGACUCCUUUUUUCGUAUCCUCGCUGUCGCCAAACCGAGGUUCCCCACGAUCCGAGAAACGGGAUCCUAUCUCCUCCCGAGUAAUCACGGCUCAUACCCGAAUCAUGUCGGAAUCAUCCAUUGUAGCUCACGGUCAACCUACAGAUCAAAAGAGUGACAGCGCUCACAAACAUAGUAGGGCAUGCUCUGAAGGAGGUAGCUCUAAGCCUUCAACUGUGGAUAACUGGAAGUUACCCCAAGGCAUGCGCGUGUCUGAGGCGUCGAAGCGCAUGUGUGAUGCCGACCAGAAACUACUCCAUAAACAAGCAUGCGAUCAAUCUUCAAAUUUCGAAGUUCUAGACAAGCGCGAUGUAGCCUCUUUGUCAAGGGAACUGAGAGCAUUGGACGAACGCUGCGACUACCUCCGUAGAACAUACAAGUCUCUAAGGGCUGGUCGUCAAAAACUACAUAGUCGUAUGAUCUCAAAUCUUCGACGCGGAGAUACGGUUAUCUUUUCCCGCGAAUCUCUUCUCAAACAAGAGGAAGCCCUCGCCGAGCUCGAUGUCUCGAUCGAUGAGUUUAUUGCCAAGCUAGAGCAGGCCGAGAACAGACGCUUGCGACUUCGACAAAAGUUACUUGAACAUGUUGCUGCAGCCAUCGUGCUCAACCCCACUGCAACUCGUGGUGCUCGCGACAACUUUGCAGAGACAACACCACCGCGAAGUCCCGUCAAAACAGAGCCUAGUCGCACUCGGACCGAUAGGACACAGACUGAGUCCAUCAAAAUCUACGCGGAUGGCCAUGUUCUCGAUCUCUUCUCUGACAUCGAGAAGGCGAUUGGUCACAUGUGCGAGCAGACCUGCUAAUGUUGUCAUACGAAACGUUGUUUCUUUCUAUUCUAAUUUUAUCACGGCAACGCCAACUUUACUAUAUACCUCCACGUUGAUUUCAUUACCUCAUAUCCAUGAGAGGCUUUUCGUUCAUGUUUUUGGCCCAGCCUAGUUUGUACUUCACUUCGUUGUGGAGUCUCGGCCAUUGUUUGUAUGGGGCCAUGUGUAUUUUCCUACUACUUUCUUUGUAACGAUACCCAGAUCGCGCGUUGUUUCAGCACAUUAUGAACGUUCAUAUCUUGACGGGGUGAUUUGUCGACGAUGACAUAUCGUGGGAGAUACUUGGCGUAGUGUUCCAGAUGUUUGACAGGGGUGGAGCGGCAGGAACACAGGUAUGUGGCGUAAGACGUAUCAAGCUAUAGCUUCACAGGGCUAGAUCC